GGCGGACAAGUCAACAAACAGAAAAAGUUUUCUACAUUUGGUGGCCUUUUUCCCCAAGUAAAUCAUGACUUUGAGUAUCGAUUACAAUAUCACUUGUGUAGAUAUGAUUAAUAGGUCAUAAGGGAUAAAGAUCUUUUUGUUCCCUCCCCACCAUCACUCUUCCCUUUGACCUGUGCACAUUAGAACCAAUCAUGGCUUUGGAGAAAUUUGUAGCCAUUCAUCAGCUGAACCAGGCGAAUUCCUCGCUCUCGGCCAGCUUCAGCAUGUAUAGUUUGGCUGAAGGCAGUGAGGUAAUCAGUGAGGCUGAGGAGAUAAACGAGGUGAGGGCGCUACAAAAGAAGGGCGAUCGCGCACUCUCGGCCAAGAACUAUGCUGAUGCCAUCAGGCUUUACACGGAGGCCUUGGAGAUUGAUGAGGUUAAUGGCGCCGUCUUAAAGGCCCGAGCUACAUCGUACCUGGCCAUGAAGGAAUACGAUUUGGCCUUCAAAGAUGCGGAGAUGCUGAUCGGUCUACAAAAUGAGCAGCCGCAGGCUCAUUAUCUUCAUGGUGUCACACUGGACUACCUUGGCAAGAGCAAAGAUGCCAUCAUGGCGUUUCUAAACUCUCUGGACCUGGACCAAGAAAAUGCCAGCCUCCUCAGCAACCACAUUGCAUCGCUCACUGGAUCAUUGUGUGAUAUCCCUGAGAAGAAACUGUUAAAGUUGAAAGAUACCGAUCCAUAUAAGAAGCUAUGCGAGGUUGGCGCCUUCCUGUACAACUCGAAGAGAUACGAAAUCUGCAUUCGAGUCCUUAAGGUCGCACAGAAGGUUGAGACAAACCAGAAGGGCAUCACGAUGAAGGUGUUGCUGACACUCGCCAAUGCUCACAGCGCCUUGAAGCAUAAUGAGGAGGCCAUAAUGCUCUACCAGGACUGUCUGAAAGUGGCGGUGGCGACGCACGACGGACAGUAUCAAACAAAAGCGCUCGUGAAUAUCGCCAGUCUUUUCUUGGAGUUAAACGACACGCACAAGUCUAUUGUAUACUAUGAGAGAUUGUUGGACUUGGAGGCAGAGUUUUUGGUCAAUGAGGGUUGCUUGCCACCUUUCUGGACAAGGGAACUCGAGUGCGGGUUGCGGUUGAAUCUAAGCCUGGCGUACAAGUCGAUUGGGAAUCUGCGACAGGCGCUGGUCCAUGCGCAAAAAUAUCUCGCCCUGUUGGAGAAGUAUGACAUGAAAGAGAAGCUGCGAGCGGAGUCGCAACAUAACAUCGGGAUGUUGAAUGAAAUAUUAGAACAGUACGACGAUGCUGUUAACAAUUAUAAAGCAUAUUUGAAUCUGUGCAAGAAGACUGGUAAUAAGAAAGGGAUGGCUCAGGCCUAUGGCUGUCUGGGGAGUGUCUAUACUGUCCUGAAGAACUGGUCUUUGGCGAUAUCAUACCUUGAUCAACAGAUCGCCAUCGCCAAGAAACUUGAGGAUAAGCGUCUGCAGCGGUGUGGUCUCGAGCAACUCGGAGACACGUACAUGAAGAAAGACGACUGCGAAAAAGCCUUGAGUCAAUAUUUUGAACUUUUGAAACAGAGUACGAAAGUUGACAUCAGAAUGCAGUGUUCUGCUUUGUGUAAGAUAGGUGGCACUUAUCAGCAACAGAAGCGAUUCCAGUACAGCUUGUAUUACUUUGACGAAGCGGCAUCCUUGGCUCAAGAACGAGAAUUGGAGGAUAUUCAGAUUAUGGCGGAGUUUAAGUUAGCCUGCGUCCUGCAGACGUCAACACAAAUGAUGGAACUAGAACAGGCGAGGAAGUAUUUCGAGAAACUCAUACCGAUUUUGGAAACAAAGAUACAGAUGCAUCGAGAUGAAGACACGUAUUGUGCUAGUGAGUUGUAUGAGGAGCUGAUGCUGUGCUAUGACGGGAUACAAUCCGUCCUCAGUAAGUUGGGCAACAAGGAACAGGCUUUAGAAUUCGCGGAGUCCUAUCGACGCUAUCGGUUACUGCAUGAGAAAAGUCAUUCGGCCAUUGUUGGUCGUAGCGUGACGAGUUCGCACGGAUUGUCAGAGAGCUGGACCGUGGACAGGAUCAAACGUGUCGUGAUGCAGCAGAAUGCUACAAUCCUGUACUACAGCAUCCUUCACGACCUGCUUCUUCUCUGGGUGCUUCAGCCUGAUAAAGGUCUGGUUAGAUUCUACUCGACGCGGAUGUUGCCAAGGCAGACGACAAGUCAACAUAUCGCAACGUUGCUGCAGGACUUGACGAAGGAGUUCAAUUAUCGAGAACUACAGGCCGGGUGCGAGAACCGCGCCCUUCCGCUCCCUGACGUCCAUCUCACAGUUGCUCAAGAUAAAAACGAGAGACUCUCCGUCCAACACAAGAGAGAUGCCCUAAAGAAGCAAUUCGAGGCAGAAAACCCGGAGGAACCGUCACCAAAAGAACAAGUCAUGAACUCAAAACCAGCCGAGAGGAAGUUAUUCGAUCUCCUCUUGGCUCCUGUUGAGGACAUUCUGUGCGAGGUCGAGGAAGGCCACGUCAUCGUCGUUCCUGAUAAAGAAUUAUACGACUGUCCGUUUCAUCUGUUGAAAGACUGGAACAAUAAGUUCAUGAAGGACCGGUUCAGAAUCACAUACUUGCCAAGCUUCUAUAUGAUUGAGAAGGCAUUCUUGAACGAGCUUGACCAACUAAAAGCAGACGACGAUUUAGAGUUCUCGCGGUCGCAAGCAAAGUAUGGCGGCCUCCAGAAAGAAUUGCUCGGUCCAAUCAAAAAGAACAUCAUGUCUGUACAAGAUUCGGAAUCCAGUGUGACGUCGAAUGACGGCAGCGUAAUCGGCGCGGUGAAUCCUAAACAUACGUCUUACCCGAGAAUUGUGCACAUCGUUCCAAAACCUAGUCCAGCAGCCCAAUCGGCAACCCCGGCUGAGAAACUUGUGAAAAAGAAACAGCAACGACAGAAUACGUUAGUGCCGAUACCGCAGCCUUCAACGAACAAAAUGGUGUCAAAGAUUCUCAGCGGCGGCCCCAAGACACCCCGGACGCCUAAUUCUAAACUUCCGACAGAUUGUCCCACGAAUAUGCCCCAGAUCCUUGGCAUGCAUACACUGACUACCAUGACGACCUGCACGUCCACUGGAACUGAUGUGGUAUCCUCCACGGGCACGGUGACGGAGUUCAAACAGAUCAGCGAUCACGAUCGGUUUGUGGUGAUCGGCAAUCCAGCUCUGCCUGAGAGGCUGCAGCUGCGUAACACACUGUGGCGCCCUCCCGGUGGCCUGGAAGCCGAGCGCAAGGAGAUUCAACGGAUAGCGUCUUACAUCGAGGUUGAACCCAUCAUGGGCGCGGACGCCACCAAGGAUAGAUUCCUUCACGAGUUUGCAACAGCGUCUGUCCUGCAUAUUGCAACUUACGGUUGUGCCCACGAUGGCUCCCUUGUGAUGUCGCCGAACGUAACCUACCAGGAGAGCGGCCCGCCACCAGGGGGCGCCUACCUGAUCUCAAAUGAGGAGAUCCGCUCGGCCUGCACGAUGGCCAAACUGGUCAUCAUCAGUUCGGGUUGGAGUACUUAUCAACGCAAAUAUGAAGAGAGACAGUUACUCCUGCCUAGUGCAUUUGUCUUGGCUGGUGCUCAAUGCGUGCUGUAUCUCAUGUGGCCCAUCACUGACAGAGUCUUGGAGAAAUUCUACUACCACUUUUACGAGACGUUACAGAAAGGCUCGCUGGUUACUGAAGCUGUGAGGGCAGCCAUGGGGGAGCUGGCAGGGACGGAAGGCUACAACAAGCUGCACCAAUGGGCACCGUUCAUCCUGGUCGGGAAAGACGUCAACGUGAAUCUCAACCAUAUCAAACACGCCAUGAUGGAUCAGACGAUCGACGACGCCGAAUCUGACGUCAUCCGUCUGCUCAACAAGAACCCGCUCAAUCCAGUUCCUGCGAUACCAAACGUGCCCGGGCGUGAUGAAAACAUGCACAGUCUGCAGGUCAUGUUUAUGAAGUUGCUGUCUGCACACAAACAGCAGCCGGAGGUUCUCCAGUGUCUUGUGGACAUGCUUGACAGUGGUUUGAAGCGACUGCACACCGAAGACAGCAAGGUGACAACGGAACUAGACGACAAGAUAGCAGAGAGCCCGGCUGCACUCGAGCUGCUCAAGUUCCUAGGGUUCCACUUCCAGCCCAAGGGACCUUACAUAUCCCACCCUUACGUUGUCUACCCUCACUGGAACAUUGAUGAGCUCUUGGUGCCAGCGUACGAUGCCUUACGGGCUUUAUCAGAUGUGGCAGAAGAUGAAUCGAGCAAGCGCGCCUUCCUCGAGUUCUUCCCGACAACACAAGACAACAUUUCAUACAUGAUUGAUAUGAUUGCUAUCACCAAGCACGCCCAGGAGAUCCAGCUGAAAGUCUCAGACCUGUCCGUCAAGUCAUUGUGGAGUCAACCAAAAGCCAACACACUCCUCAAGGCGUUUGGCUUCAAACAGAUUGGCAUGCUCUUGAACUUCAACCGGAUCCCUGCAAACAGGAAACUCUUGAAUGGUCUUCUACAGUUCCUUCUCUCCGUGUCGAGUUAUAAGAGCACCGUCCUCAUGCAUAAACUAGACGUCAAUCACCUUGGGACCCGACUAACAAACGCACCAGUGAACGUCGGUAAUGCUAGGAUACCAACCUUGGCACCACUUAUGCUUCCUAGGAACAAGGUGUACAUCAGCAAACCAUGGAUGUCCCAGUACGAGUCCACGAACGAGAUGGAUGAGAAGAUCAGCCUUGCCAAGCAGCGCCACUCGUUGGAUGCAGAUUUCAACAGCCACGCUACUCGGGUAAAGACCUGGCAGCAGAAUACACUCCUGGGACAGGCCCAAGAAAGUCUGGAUAAAUUUGGCGAAGUUUCACAACGUCCAUUAAAAGUUAAAGUCAUCCCCGGAGAGACGACAUCACACCCGACCAAGUUGGUCGAUGAGAAGCCAGUCUUGAGCAUUUGGCAGACUGACGACAGACGAGACUAUGCCCAUUACGUUUUACUGCAGCGCUUGGAGAAUGUCGGACUCCGACAGAAGGAUGAAACGCAGAAGAUGUACCUUCCAUACAUUCCAAACAAAUAGAUUUUUGGUUGUUGGAGAAAGUUUGUUGUGGUUGCAAAUGUUGGUUGUUAUAUAAAGGUUUAGUCAUUGUUUUGAACCAAACCGACGAAGGAUGCACCACAGAACAAAUAGAAUUUUGUUCGUUAGAAAAACUUGUUGUAGAUUUUGGAUUUAAUAAAAGGUUAAGUCAUUGUUUCAUACCAAAAAGUUUAAUUUUUGAUAAAAGUAGGCAGGAAGUAAUUGCUAUGGUUGUGAAAAGACUUACAAAGUAUGUGCCUUUCAUAUGUUGUAUUAGUAAGUGUUUUACACUCUCUGAACUUGUGUUGUCAAUACUGAUUUGUGGACUUGGAAUCAGGGCCAUGAUUGAUGAAAGUUUGAACAAAUGCCCCAAGAGAACAGACCUUUUUUCGAAUGAAUGAAUGAAUGAAUGAAUGAAUGAAUGAAUGAAUGAAUAAAUGAAUGAAUAUAAGAAUUUCUAUAGCGCCUGAAUUAAAAGAAAAACUUAAAUUCUCAGGCGCUUUACAAAGCAAAACACUCCCUGAAAAGGUGUUGUUUCAGGAGAGUUUUGAAAAUGUCUAUGGAACCAGCAAGCCUGAUGUUGGAAGGUAGCUGGUCCCAUAGAACCAGUGAUGACUUGUAAAAAGAACGGUCACCAAAGGUUUUGCACUUAGUGCGAGGGACCACCAAAACCUGUGACCUUACCAUUCAAGAGAAUGCUCAUCAAACCAGUUGUGAAAAUUUCUUUGCUAGUAUUGGCAGAUUAUUACCAGAUGACUAUUAAUGUUUUAUCCGUCCUUAAAGACCUAGUGCCUUGGACUAAAAGUAACUGUGAUAUCUCAAUCUGUUUAUAAAUGUGACUCGCUCUACCAAAACUAGGCGCUUGUCGCAUGUGAACUCGACAGGUUGAUACGGACUUGUUGUUCAUUUCCCUAUUGUAGACCUUUUGUGAAAUCUAUUACAAACUGAUUUGGUCACAUUUCA